GAUAAGUUCAAAAUCGGCGACGAGGCCAAGAGGGAGUUCUACAGUCCGAACUAUCCCGACAAUUAUCCCAGCAACGUGGACUGCGUCAGAGUGCUGAAGGCCGAGAGAGGAAUGCUACUGAAACUGGACUUUCGAGAUCGUUUUCACCUGGAGGAUUAUAAGGACGAAAGAAAAGAGGAGUGCUACGACUACCUUGAAGUACGAGACGGCCAACAUGGCUACUCCGAUUCCCUCGGCAUGUUCUGCGGCAACGGAUUCCCCAGGGAGCUCACCUCGAAUUCCAGAUUCCUUUGGCUUCGUUUCCACAGCGACGACACCAUCGAAUAUGGCGGCUUCAAGGCGAUAUGGAACACCAUUCCGAGGCCAACCGACUCCGGCGUGCCACCGGAAGUGGAGCCGUGCGUCGUCAACGUGACCGGGGUGGAAUCGAAGAUCUUGAGUAAAGACGUCGAGGCCCGGAAGAAGCAGGCCGAGAAGGACGGCGUGUUCCUCGAAUGCAUUUGGGUCAUCACCGUGAAACCAGGAUGGAAGAUCCAGCUGUCCUAUGUGGUUUUCAAGCUGGAAAUCCCGAACGAGUGCGAAUCCAACGUGGUCGAGGUUUUCGGAGAACGCACCGACUUGACCUCGAGAAUCAAGAGCUUUUGCGGAAGCAUCGCCGAUACCGUUGUCACCAAGUCCAACAUCAUGCACGUGAGGUACCAUGCCCAGCCGAAAGCUUUGAACAGUACCUUCGAAUUUCUCAUGACCGCCUUUAGGGAGAAGGAUUCAGGAGAGAAAAUGUGCGCCGAGGAUGAGUACGAUUGCGAGGACACGACUUGCAUAGACGCCGAUUUGAAAUGCAACCACAACGUGAACUGCCGCUUCCGGUGGGACGAGGACGAGAACACAUGUGGGGGCAAGAACGGAUCAUUGAUCGACUCCGAACACAUCGUCAUCAUCCUGGUCGUCUUCUCCUUGAUCUUGUUCGGAUUGUGCUUCGCCUUCUUGUUCAACUGUGUCCGAAAACUCGUGCGUGAUCAUCGGAUCAUCCAGGAGCACAUAAGACAAUCCCGAGAAAAUCGACUGGACGAGUUGGGACGUAAGGGAACACCGUGUCCAAUUUCGACAUCGCGGACCGACAUCGCCGAUCGGUCGAGCGAGUCACCGAGCCUGGAAGUGGUUCCCAGCAAGGAGUUGCUGCCUCCCAGCACCAGGAUAGCCCACGAGUAUACCAAGGACCUGGUCCUGGAGAUGAACUACGGGACCAAGGACAUUCACGACAUCCACCAGAGCAACAACGUGAGCAACGCCACGCAGGAGCGGCUCCAGGAGUCGAGCGAGGAGCCGGAGAUGAGGGACAGUUCUUGCCAGACCAGAGAGAGUUUGUUCGAAACUCGAUCCUCGGAUUCGACGACGGUCCCCGUCUUCACCACGUUCGGAUACCGCAGCGGAUCCACCCAGAAUGGGGCCCUAAGCAAUGGACCGAGUCCAGGGCAAUCCCAGAAGAGCUCUCGCCAGAGUUCCCAGCCCCACCAGCAGCGGUUGCAAAAGUCCCAUCCGGGGUCUCAGUGUUCGGGAUGCAGUCCGGCAUCCAGAGGACGAGACGGCAGCACGGGGUCGUGUCCCAGGCAUGACCCCAUCCCAGCUCCUCCAGGGUGGUCGUCGCACGACCCGCCUUACUCCCAGAUUCUGCCGAGCGAGUACCACGAGGAGCCUCCGGACUACCCGAGCUACCAAAGGUUUCAGAGCCCAAAACCUACCGGGGAAAGGUUCGCGUCGCCGAGAAUCACUCGACAGACCACGAUGGGUUCCGGGGAGAGGUAUGGGAGCUCGAUCUAUGGCUCCGGCCAUGGGACCUCCAGCAACGCGACGAGUGGCUCGCAACACUCCUCCACCCCGAAGUGCCCGUCCGGGGAGACCAGGUAUCGCGCCGAGGCCGUUAUCGAGGUGGACCAGAGGCGGCCCUUCAGCAUAGAGAGCACCAAAAGCGCCCCGGACGUCAUUGCGACCCACUGACGCAGGGCGGCUGGGGAUUGGGAACCGUAUAGGAGACGCCAUCCCCGUCAGAGCAGCGACUCCAGCGACCGCCGCAUCAGCGUGGCCACCCAGAGCUCCCUGGACGACGACACCUCGGCCACCUCCACCAUCGAGGUGUCCUCUUCCUGAUCCACGUGCACGGCCACGUCCAGCAGGGCCGCGCAAACGGAAUCCUACGUCGACCGGGAGCUGAUCCUCAGACCUCCUCGCGGAUUUGCCGCACCUGUCGCAAGAUGUCCGGCAAGGCAGCAAUGCGGAUGCUUCGUCCAUUCCCACCUUCCGGUUCGGUCGUCGUCCAUGGUGGGUCGGAAUCCCGUUGCACACCCUGGCAGGACCAUGAUUUAUAGGACAUGGCCCAACAAGGCCGACAGGGCGGCCAGGACCAGGAAAAGGAGCGUCGGCACCCAGAGCUCCAUGAAUCAUCUGGGCUCGACUUUCGAGUUCUAUCGGUAUCUUGGAUCCUGUGCACCGGAGAAGGCCAGGCGGAGGGAGGACGUGGGAGCUUCCAUUCCGUUCUGAAGACGCCUCUGAGCUCCAAAGUCAAGGAUGGAGGAAGGGAAUGGUUAUAUCGUGUAAAUGUCGUAAUGACGAUCGAAGUCCCCUGGACGCUUUGAGGUAAUUCCACAUGCUGCGGAAUUGAUGGAGACGGGCUUCAAUUUUGGGUAUCCAUUUCGGAGCAUCUUAUCAUGUAGAGAACGUCGGACCUUAAUUCUAAGUGGAAAGGGAUUCUAGGUGAUUCCUGUAUUUGAAUUGGACCAGAGGGCGUCGUUCGACUCGUUGAGAAAAAAUGUAAUCUAUACGGUUGAUUCGGAACUCUAACGGCUCUACUCUUUCUGGUCGAUUUAUAAAUCUUAUCAAUGAAUCGUUGCAAAAUCACUGCCAUCGGCAAACAGAUUGACAUCCAUCAGGAGGUGGUAAAUGAAGAUACAUUCGAAAGUCUACCCGGGAUGUCCACGAGUAUCUUUAAUUCCGAUUAUCGAGGUUACGAGUCCAAGAAUCAUAAGAUAUGCCUUUACAUUGAUUAUCGUCUUUUUUAUAUUCGAUAUACCCUCGAGAGAAUUAAUCGCCCUCGAUGUGAUGCCGCGAUCCAGCAUUUCGGUAGCACUGCCAGUAACUAAUUUACAUACAAAUCAGCCGCUUAUUUGGCCGGCUCGAUUCUAGCCCAAAACCGAUAGUUUGACAUCGUCUGUGCCCUACAGUGGAAUCAACCCAUUAACGUUUUCGGUUGCACGUACACACAGCCGGUGGAUUCGUAACACCUUCCGUGGGUGAAAACGUCGAUCAACUCUUUAGUCCCGAAGGUUCGAAAUCGUGAAACUCUACCCGGUUACAAUUGAUUUUACGUCCGCUCCAAACCCAGCAAAAUACAUCUCCCGUGUAAUGUAUCCGGGAAAUUUGAGCGUUCUGUGAUUUCCUAAUGGAGUAACGUACAGGAUUUACAAAAUAACGCAACGGUUAUUGAACUUGUCUAUAACGACAGGAUAAGCGACGUAAAAUUUACAUUCACCCAAGGAAAACUGCUGCCUUCAACAAGCGGUGAUGCCGGCAGCGGUUUUCCGACGUUAGUCAUGUAACAGACCUUCGACCGAAUUAUGCGAUGUACAGGUACGUAGUCGAACUUUCAGAUGUUAAUUUCUAGGAAAAAAGGAAGAAAAUCAAAGAAAUUUUCCAUACCGCCCUUAGUUACUCCCAUACCGGAAAUGUAACAUAUCGGUAUUUUUUCUACGGUCUUUCAUAAGGGAGAACAUUCGGAGGCCAGAAGGAGACUUCGUGAAGAGCUUCGCGCUAACUUUCGGGGAUCUCCGUAGGAAUUUUUCUAAGGCGAUGGCCACUUAGCGGAAGCUUUCCAUUUUUACGACAAGCGCGCCUCUACCGAAUAGUUUUCAUUUAAGAUUCAGCCAUGCGAGAUGGUCUCGCCUGCAAAACUUCGGGCCAAAGUGACUUUAAAUAGCCUAAUUCGUGAAAAACGACGCGCGUAGCGACGUUCGCGAUUUUCCAUCGCCGACGGUCGGGCUUUCCCGGUCCCUUAGACGUAUUCUUAUCUGCGUACACCUGAUAUACAAUUAAAUUCCCACUUUUCUGCCGGUGAAAACUAUUUUUCCACGCGAUAGCCCGAUCGUUAAACGAGGUGAAGAAACCACCCCCGAUCCUGAAGCGACCGUCCCUGUCCAGAUCCUUCAUCCUAGGAAAUAGUUUGCGCACGCUCGGCGGUAGUCGACGAUGCAUUUAUACUCGAUACUACCGUUAUCAUUCGAUUAUCGAUACUUCUCCUCAUCCUAGGCAACGCGUCUUCGUUUUUACCAAGAACACUUCCGAUGGACUCUACGUGUGAAAUAGGUAAUAAUGGACCAACGAGCAUAUCCCUUUCUAAGGAUCUAAACGCUGAUAAGGUGGUGCUAAUCCUGCGUUAAUACCGAUGAACAAUAUAUCUGUAACGACGCGGUGAUAUGCUUGUAAAGUACUUGUAAGAAUACGCGUGUACAUAAAAUCGCAAAGUUUAACAUCGAUCGUUUAUGACUGUAUUAACUGAUUUCACGCGGGUAAACGAAUGUACCGGGCAAAUUUAACCGUCGAUUUAUAUUCAACUUAUUCGAAAAUACAUUCCAAUACUGUAUCGAUUAUAAAUCAAUUUUUUCUCCGGGACGCUCGGUGGCAUAGAUUCCCUGGAUGCAAUCUAGAUUUAACGUAGGGAAUCUGCAGGGGCUGUAUAAUUGUCACGUCGAAUGUUGAUUUCCGAUCAUAAACUAUUCGUUAUGUCUCAUCGUACUAACGCAGGGUUAAGGGUGUAAAAGAGGGGUCAAGAUUUCUGACUGACGAUCGUUAAUCAUACUUUAGGAGCGUUUCGGAUACUUUUGAACAACUGUUCGGUAGUCUUUUCAAUUCAGGUUUGACCGUCUUCUAUAAAUUUGUACCGAAUUAUUGAUAAUCUUUCCAGCUGAUAUUGCACACCAUUUUUUGCGAAGCAGUCGAUUCGGAACUCAUCGGUAUUAGACAGAUCGAGAGACAAAACGUAAAAGAAUCGAAGAGGGGACGUCAAGAUUAGCAGCGUGCGCGAACUCGCCUUUCAGGACCAGAGAGGUAAUCAAAUUAGUCAAUUAAUGGUUGAAUUAAUCGAGACCUAAAUAGUCAAGCCUCGGAUUACCUCGGUAGCAAGAUGAACGAUAGACACGAGUUAGUUAGCUUUAGGCCUACGAGAGGGCUCCUGCUUCUGUACAGAUUACACGCCGACGUAGACUGCAGAAUGUACAGAAUGUACACAAUUUGUAUAUAAAUUAUAUAUUAUAAAUAUUAGAAAAA